CAUCCUACAAACACAUCGCAGCGCCCAUCGUCAUCCUCACUCACUUGCUGCUGCGCGAUGGUCCUCACAUCACUCGGACGUCGCAUCAACUCGGCGUUUGCAGACCUCUCCCGCGCACCGCAGGUCGACGAUGCCACCAUUGAGGCCCUCCUCAAGUCCGUCUGCUCUGCCCUGCUAGAGUCAGAUGUCAAUGUCCGCCUCGUCUCCGAGCUGCGCAACUCGGUACGAGCCGAGGUGAAAGAAGGGCUCAAUGACAAGAGCAAGUCCUCGUUGCAGGAUGGUCAGCGCAAGGCCCUCGUGCAAAAGGCCGUGUUCGACCACCUGGUCAAGCUUGUGGACCCCACGCCAGGUCAAGAGCAAUGGAAGCCCACGAAGGGCAAGCCAAAUGUGGUCAUGUUCGUUGGUCUGCAGGGAAGCGGUAAGACGACGAGUGUGACCAAGCUGGGACAUCACUACGCCAAAAGGGGUUUCAAAGUCGGACUCGUCUGCGCCGAUACCUUCCGUGCGGGAGCCUUUGAUCAGCUCAAGCAGAAUGCCUCCAAAGCCAAUAUCCCCUUCUACGGUUCUUAUACCGAGACCGAUCCCGUCGUCAUCGCCAAGCAGGGAGUGGACUCUUUCAAGAAGAAUAGGUUCGAAGUCAUCAUCGUCGACACAUCGGGUAGGCAUCGACAGGAAGCGGAGCUCUUCGAAGAGAUGGUCGAGAUUGCCGAUGCUGUCAAGCCGGACAUGACAAUUAUGGUCUUGGAUGCGUCCAUUGGUCAGGCAGCCGAGGAGCAGAGUAAGGCUUUCAAGGAGGCAGCAGGAUACGGAGGUAUCUUCGUCACCAAGCUUGAUGGUCAUGCCAAGGGAGGAGGAGCUAUCUCAGCCGUUGCUGCUACGCAUACACCAAUUCUCUAUCUUGGACUGGGAGAGCAUAUCGCCGAUCUCGAGAUCUUCCGUCCUGCCCCCUUCAUCUCGAAGCUCCUAGGUCAAGGCGACCUGACAGGUCUGAUGGACAAGAUGGAGGAGGUCCGUACUCAGAAUCCUGAACGUCAAAAGGAGCUGAUGAAGAAGCUGGAAGAGGGCGGAAAAUUCACAGUGCGGGAUUGGAAGGAGCAGUUGGGCAACAUCAUGGGUAUGGGCCCUCUCUCCAAGAUCGCCGGCAUGAUCCCUGGUAUGGGAGCCAUGCUCGGUGGUGGCGGAGGCGAAGGGGACGAGGCCGCCAACGGCAAGAUGAAGCGGAUGAUGUACAUCUGCGAUUCCAUGACAAAGGAGGAGCUGGACUCAGACGGAUCUCUCUUCUACACACCUGUGGGCGGAAAGGGCAAGGGGAAAGCCAAGGGCAAGGAGGCUUCUUCUAGCAAGUCGAAGCAGGUUGCCAAGGUCGACGAGGAGGGCAAGAGCAAGGAGAAGAAGAAGGCCAAGCAGGUCAAGGUGAGGAUGACGGCUAGGGCCAGGAGGGUGGCGCAGGGUAGCGGGACAAGCGUAAGAGAGGUAGAGGAGUUCUUGAUGCAGUACAGGAUGGUGUCCAAGAUGGUGCAAAGCAUGGGCGGUCUCGCCCGCUUCAAGCAGCAGACCUCCGGCGCCGGCUCGCGUCCAGGCGCAGGCGGCAUGCCUCAGCUCCCACCAGGCGUAGACCGCAAUCAGAUAGCGGCAAUGCAGAACAUGCUUCCUCCGGAGAUCAAGGCGCAGCUCCGUCAGCCCGGUGGGCGGGAGAAGCUCAUGGCACAGAUCCAGAGGGGGGAGAUCAAUCCUGCCGCUCUCAUGGGUGGAGCGGGUGGGGCAGGAGGCCUUGGUGGGUUUCCUGGAAUGGGAGGAGCUGGAGGAGCGGGUGGGAUGCCUGAUCUAGGAGCGAUGAUGCAGCAGAUGGGAGGUAUGGGAGGAAUGGGCAAUAUGAUGAAGAUGUUUGGAGGCAUGAUGGGAGGCGGAGGAGGAGGACCGGGAGCAGGCGCGGGUGAGGGUCGUUGAGCCACCUUGUACUUUCUCCGUACGUAUCCUUGAGGGAGUGGUACUGCAAUCAACAGUAUUCAAGUCAAAAC